AACGACCCGCCUUCAACAUCCCGCCUUCAAAUCUUCACUCGCGCGGCCUCAGAAACAAGCUCGCUCACCACUUGAUUUCAACCACCGUCCGUCAACCAAAUCCUAAGCCCCACCUACCCUCACACCGACCCAAACACUACUCACAUCAUGGCCACCGUGACACCUGAAGCGUCUCUCAACGCCCUUCCCCGGGCGGAUGGAUCGGCCAGAUACUCAUAUGCUGGGUACACGGUCACGGCCUCUGUCAAUGGACCCAUUGAGGCUCAGCGUCGGGACGAACAUGCUUAUGAGGCUCACGUUGAUGUAAUCGUACGACCCUCUGCCGGGGUAGGAGGAACACGAGAGCGCCAUCUGGAAUUUAUUUUGCAGUCUUCUCUUUCUCAAAUCAUCCUUGUCAAGAACUUUCCCCGUUCUGUCAUCCAAAUCGUUCUUCAAGUUGAGAGCACGCCUGAAAAUGCUUACGUCAACACAAAACUGGUCCAGGCCAGUUUGAACCUCCCCAUCAUACCGGCCUUGUUCCAGACUGCCGUUCUCGCUCUUCUAUCGGCUGCUGUGCCAAUGAAGGCAACCGCUACAUCCACAGUGGUGGCGGUGGUAUCCGACGACGGUUCGAAGAAGAUCGUGGCUGAUCCCUCCCCCCAGGAUAUCAGAGAGGCAACCUCGCUACAUGUCCUUGCUUUUACCUCGCACGAUGAACUGCUUCUUUCAGAAAGCGAAGGUGACUUCACCGUCAAGGAAUGGGAUGGCGUUUACGAAAAUGCCCAGAAGAUAUGCUGUCAGACUGCCUCAAAGCAGGAUGGCAUCGAUAUGGUGCUUGACGAUGACGCGUCCAGCCCAGAUAUGCGCCAUUUCCUUCGGUCGACGCUGGAGACCAAAGUAGCAUCCGACCUCCACUGGAAGUGAAGAUGCAUUCGGACCGGACUGUCUGCCCGUAUCUCGUGCGUUUCAAAAGCCGAAGGGUUGAACAGUCGGCUCAUGAUGUUUCCGAAAUGAGAACUCAUAGGCCUUUUCGCCGGUUGACGGGACAAGUGCAACUUGCAAUGCGACUCGAUAAUCCUGUAUCCGUGGCAAAAAGCCAGUUCUGGACGGAUACGAACCAGACACAUUGCAAAGAUAACCGCUACCCUCUCGGCACAAUCACACAUCACUCGGCAAAGUGGAGAUUGUGAUCGCGUUGGAUAUCAAUCAGCGCAACGGAGUGGAUAACUAUCUCGAGCGAGAUUUUACGUGGAUUAUGCACGGGUUCCUUUGACAAAACAUCGCCACUUCAAACGCACAAGAGGUGGGUCCGACAUAGGGGGUAUGUUUGAAUAUUCCAGGCCAGGGCCAGACCCCUGUUUCAUGUCGCCUUUCCCAGGCACUGAUGUCACGGGGCAUUACGGUCUUGGUGUCCCAGGUGUGAUUGAAGAACCAAUCGACAAGAUUAGAACGGAUAUUAUGAGUGCUUUCAAUAAGGCACUGGGGUUGUGGGAGUUAUCUAAUCCGGAUGAUGGAGCCACGUAGCUGUGAGCCUCGAGCUGAUGGUUUGGUGCCCCUGCGUUGGGCUUUUCGAAAGCGUCUAUUCUUCGCCUCCCCAUGUGUCAGGCUUGAUCUUAUGCAACACGCAAUUCUUAGUCCCAUUCCGACUCCUUGACUAUUGGUUGUGUUCGCCAUCUUUUUACGCGGCUUGGACGGCAUCAAUGCACAACGGCCUUUGUCUGAUUCGAGCGGGUCAAACAGAGCUUCACGGAACACCACAUGGGGCUGUCCUGAAGAUGUACAGUGUAUAUUGAUUGAUGCAGAAUCGAGCUUUGGUGCCCUGCCCUGCCUGCGCUCUGGCCGGAGACGGACUGUCGGCGUCCUUCGGCAACCUGUGCCGGGAGAUGCUGUCUGAGCGGCUGAGCUAGCGCCUGUACCCCGGACGUUCGCCUCCAAAACCCCAGCAGUACCAGGAUACAUGAGACGUAACUUAACACCUCGAAUUUCAGUCUACCAUGCUCUGGACCCCUCCUCGCAUCACAUUGGGGAAAGGGGUGGGAGGACUGAUGAGAAGCUUCGAGUUACGCGCGAAAUCCCCGAGGACGCCUCUAUCACAAGCACUAGGACCAUCCAAGAGAUUGGAGAAGCUGAAGGCGCUAGUACAUACACCGUGCUGUAUCCAUAUUCUCCUGCAGAUACGCCCAUCUUGACACACCUGCUUCCGCGUUUCGAUACCCGCCAUUGCAGCUCUUUGUAUAAUGCUGUAACCCAAAGGAAACCGCACAAGAACGUCCCCAAACUUGAGUCCCGAAAUGGAACAGCUAUACAUAUGUAAUAGUGUACACAUAAGUGUUUGGUGUACACAUUCCGGGGUAGCCUAGGAGAUCCAACUUACCCCUGUGCCGCAUCCGGAAUACAUCGAACAGCUCCGUCCUGAUCUUACAGAUUGCGACCCCCGCCGAAACGUCUACUACUAGUGUACUUACCUAUAUCACCGGCACCCCACUUCUCUCCCGGGAUAUGUCUCGUGGUAUUAAAUCACAAGCACGACUGAUGUUAGUUAUACUGCCUUCACCGUCUGCUCUUCAUUCGUGUGCAUAUUUGCUACUUUCGCUGUCUAUACCCUUGAUUCGAGGACUUCCAUUCUCUCUACAUUGUCAGAACUCUGGUAGUUCUCACUGUCCUAUCUCUAUCAUUUCUUUUAAUAUUCCUUCUAUUUACAGUUCUCCGUUGGAUUCCCAGACGUUCGAGUCAUUUGACGGUCCACUUGCUGUCCUAAUCACGUCGAAGAACUACCACGACACAAGACUAUCGAUUAAUCUUGGAACUUCUGUUCUCAUACUCGCACCCAACUAACACUAUUCAUAGCUGCAUAUCAAACCCAGAUUUGCCUCUGUCUAUGACCCUUGUUUGGCCCAUUGUGUAAAUUGAC